CCACUGCACAACCCUGCUGGCUGCGAGCGCAUCGUUGUGCUGCACAGGUUCUUUACAUUGAUCAUUUUCUGUUGCCGCCACAUCGGUGAACGAAGUUGACAAAGAAGGAUAGAAGCUGUGAGGAGAAGGGGUCAAAGUGCAACAGAGCUGUGGAUUUUACUCAGCUGGAGGCAAAACAAAUUUCAAAAAUCAAAGAUGAAGAUGUAAUUUAUGGAUGUUGGAUUUACUGAAGCACAACAUGGAUUGUUGGAAAUGUGACUUUUUGAAGAUAUUUUUAGUUUAAACAAAGUGCAGGUGUGAGGGAGAGCAACUUGUAUUUCAGUGUUUCAACUGAGCAAAGAGGAUCAUCUGUUUUUGGGACUAAAGCAGAUGGUCUCCAAGGCUCUCUGUGGAGAAAUGGAGACAUGUUGCACAGAGGACCUUAUAACACCUGAGGUAAGUGAUAAACUUUCUGAUGGUGACUCUCUGAAUGAGCUGCGGUCUGGGAAAGAGCAGGCUGACGCAGACGUUUGUGCAAAGAAAAGUAAAGGCACUGAGUUAAAAAACUCACCUCGUUUGGAGCAGGAGAGCAGAAAAACAGAAUGCAAGGAGAGAAAGAAAGUGAAGGAAACAAACAGCUGGAAGAUGGUACGAUUUCAAGACCCCUCAACUGAAGACGAUGUGUCGGAGUGGGACAGCUCAGCAGAGAUUCUCUUCCCAGAAUAUGCUGUAGAGGAGUGGACGACUACUUCCUUUAAGGAGCUCUUUGCAGCAGAAGACUGGGAGAACAUCACAGAAGACCAGUUAUUGAGGAAAAAAGUGCUUGAGGCCGGUGAUCCACAAGUCCCACACCCAUCUUGGGGUACGGAGGUCACUGUGAGGAUGCAGGGCGUUCUUGAGGACCGUACUGUUGUGGAGAAGGACUGCAACCUAGUCUUUGUGAUCGGGGAGAGGGAUGUUAUUCAGGCUCUGGAGGAGUGUGUCAUGUCCAUGCAGAAGGGUGAGAUCGCAUUACUGCUGGCAGAUUCCCAGUAUGCCUACGAACUUCUGGGAAGAGAGCCUGAUAUCCCUGCUUGGGCUCCUUUACUCUACCAGCUGCAGCUGCUGGACGUCAGAGAGAAACCAGACCCGUUAACUCUGCCCAUCGCUGACCGCAUCCGCAUCGGCAACCAGAAGCGAGAGCGUGGAAACUUUCACUACCAGCGGGAGGAAUACAGCCUGGCUGCCAAAGCUUACUGCGUGGCCCUGGAGGUGCUAACCACAUGUGGCACAGAUGGCGGCUACGUUGGCGUGGGAGCAGAGAAGGAAGAGGUGCGGGAGUACCGGGUGAAGUGUUUGAACAACCUGGCCACCGCUCAGCUCAAACUGGAACAGUUUGACGAGGCGCUGCACACCAGCCGGGACGUCCUGACCCUCGAGCCAAACAACGUCAAGGCUCUGUUCAGGACGGGAAAGCUGCUGUCAGAUAAGGGUGAAUACAAAGAGGCGAUGGAGGUGCUAAAAAAGGCCUUGAAACUGGAGCCAACCACCAAGGCGAUCCACGCAGAGUUAUCCAAACUUGUCCAACGACAGUCAGGAAGCGGCGAUGCUCAGCAAUGGAAGGCCAAACCAGCCGCGAUGCUCGGAGACGACGUUACACCGUUCCUGACUCCUUCCAAAAACAAAACACCUGGAGUUUCCUGGAAGUUCAUCCUGGGAGCCCUGCUGGUGGCUCUGGGCAGCUUGGUGACGUCACUGAUUCUGACUGUUAGAAACUGAAACCCUCUACAGGAAGGAGGCGUCAUCGUGACGUGCAGGAGAAGGUCGGGUUCCCACCGCAGCGCUGGAGCCCGUACUUGAGUUCUACUGAAAGGUGGACUGAAGAGUCGAGCGGAUUCUAACGAUCCACGACGAUUUCUGCAGCUCGAUAACACGUUUUUAAAAAUUUGUCUUUAUUGAGUUAAGAUGCAGAAUAUAUACAAACAACAAAAUCAGUCCUCAAAGAAAAACUCCUAAAAUUUUGUUCCACGCUCAGAAAAAAAAAACAAGUUAACAAUAUUUAAAAUAAAACAAAACAGAAAAAUGCAGCUAGGUCAGAAAAAGUGCUGAUCAAUACAAAUAUCUGAUUUUUAAAAAAUUCUAUAUUUAGUGAUAAAUCUCAAAACCAGGCAUCAAUAGAUUUUAUUUAUACAAAAGGGUACU